AUGAAAUGCGUCUUUGGUUUCGCUUCAGGAAUCAUUUCCACGGACAGCGUUCCCCCCGAGAUCCAAAUUCCGUUUUCUAUGCCGGUUUCUCCGUCAGUACACAGCUUGUCACCGCUGACAAACGCCGCUCGUUUGAACUCUUCAUGGCUGUGUGUAUUCGGCUGCUCCGGUGCGCCAGUACGCGUUACACCAUCUCCAAAUCUCCAUCUCCAGCGUCCAUCUGACGGGUGUCUUUACGCGUCCAACAGUCUCCGGAAUAAAUCAGAGGUGGAGAGAAAGCGGUGCGUGCGCGCUCCGGAGAGAGGAAAAGAGAAGGGAGGCGAGCGCGCACAUGGAAGCGGGCUGCUCUCAAACCGCAGUGUGCGCGUCCGGGCGCGUCUCCGGCGCCGAAGCGCGUCGCCGAGAGCUGUCGUAGAGGUGGGGGUUCCAAUCAAGGUGACGUGUAAUGCAGGGGAACACACAGCUGUCAAACCGAGACUCUUUAGUUUGUGUGUGAAGCGUGCUGGAGUUAAUCCAAGUCAUUAUGUGAGGCUAAAAUGCACAAACCUCAGGAAGAAAGUAUCAAAGCAAUUCCCCGAAGAACUCAACUGUGUCCGUCUCCUGAGAAAAGAGGGUCUGAGCGAUGGUCAGGACAUCCUGUACAUGAACGUCUGGAAGUUUGGAAUCACAUGAAGGUGAAUAAAUGACGGCUGAAUUUUGGGUGAACUUUCAUAGGAAACCACGCACGGUAACCACAACAAAAACUACUCUUUUUGGGUAAGCCUCAUUUCUCUUUCUGCAACAUUUUUGGGUGAAACACACCCCAUACUUGUUUUCUUAAGAUGCGUCAAUGAUAAACUCCUCUUUUCUUUUUAUCAUUACUCAAUCCUGUUUUACCGUAAACUAUGCCUCGCUCUCGGAGUUCAAGUCACGACUCUGUGUGAUGGUGCAAUGCAGUUUCCAUACCUGUUUCUCCAAUCACGAGCGAGCAACGGGGAAACCUCACUGUGACAUGGGUAUAUAUGAGCGUUUUCAUACGUUUCUUCACGAGGGCCGUGAUGUUCAAGGGGUUCCCUCGCUCCGGGGAGAUUAUAGCUCAGUCUGAAAGAUGUGAUCGCUGGACUGUGUCCUCGCGCACACAGACGUGCCAUUAUAAAGACAUUAGGACUAAUAACAUUUGACAACGAGACAUUGGAUUCAUUUUUUUCCUGAAUGCGACACAUUGUAAAACCUGAGUUUGAUUCAGUAUGUAAAAGCGAGAAUACAGAAAUACAAUAAAGGGACCUGAUAGACAUGUUCAUUAAAAUCAACGUGAAAUUACAUUCAUAACUCAUUUAAUUUCAAUAACGUGAUGUA